UGUGUGUGUGUGUGUGUGUGUGUAGGUUAAUGCUGAGGGAGUUGGGUCCAUUGUCAUGUGUGUGUGUGUGUAGGUUAAUGCUGAGGGAGUUGGGUCCAUUGUCAUGUGUGUGUGUGUGUGUGUGUGUGUGUGUGUAGGUUAAUGCUGAGGGAGUUGGGUCCAUUGUCAGUGUGUGUGUGUGUGUGUGUGUGUGUGUAGGUUAAUGCUGAGGGAGUUGGGUCCAUGGUCGUGUCACAUGCGGUGGAUUAUCUGGAUCAUGGCAGUUAUCGGCUCCACAUACGUCUUCUACUUCCAUGAGAGGUAUAAACUGGUGGAGUUACUAGGAUACGUUGCCAUGGGGGCGGUGCCUGCGCUGGUCAUGCUGUCCAUGGCGGACAGGGCAGGUUUGUGUGAGCUGGCGGUGGGCGGGGUUUUCUACGUAGUGGGUGUGGCCUUCUUUAAGAGUGAUGGAGUCGUCCCAUUCGCUCACGCCAUCUGGCACCUGUUCGUUGCCAUGGGAGCAGCUACACACUACUACGCUAUCUGGAGACACCUGUACACACCUGGACCCUGAGACACCCACACAUCCCUAACGUGGUGCUGGCCUGUUGACAUGGUGACAUCACCACUACCAACUGUGAUAAUUAUUAUCAUCAUUAGUUGCAGCAGUACCACAGUUACUAACAUGCUGGAAACAGGCUUUGAUUAAAUAAUGCCUGGACUGUAAACGUUACACACCAGAAGGAUCUCUGUCCAAUUAGAGACAGGAAUCAAUGAACUACCAGAAAGAUCUCUCUCUGUCCAAUUAGGGACAGGAAUCACUGAACUACCAGAAUGAUCUCUCUCUGUCCAAUUAGAGACAAGAAUCAAUGAACUACCAGAAUGAUCUCUGUCGAAUUAGAAACAGGAAUCAAUGAACUACCAGAAUGAUCUCUGUCGAAUUAGAAACAGGAAUCAAUGAACUACCAGAAUGAUCUCUGUCGAAUUAGAAACAGGAAUCAAUGAACUACCAGAACGAUCUCUGUUCAAUUAGAGACAGGAAUCAAUUAACUACCAGAAGGAUCUCUCUCUGUCCAAUUAGAGAGAGGAAUCAAUUAACUACCAGAAGGAUCUCUCUCUGUCCAAUUAGAGAGAGGAAUCAAUUAACUACCAGAAGGAAGACCUGACCCUCAUAACCCUGACCUGCACAACAGUCAACCCCUUUAUACUGACACCUUUAAGGAGUAAUACUGUGGUGCCUUUAUACUGACACCUUUAAGGAGUAAUACUGUGGUAUCUUUAUACUGACACCUUUAAGGAGUAAUACUGUGGUAUCUUUAUACUGACACCUUUAAGGAGUAAUACUGUGGUAUCUUUAUACUGACACCUUUAAGGAGUAAUACUGUGGUAUCUUUAUACUGACACCUUUAAGGAGUAAUACUGUGGUAUCUUUAUACUGACACCUUUAAGGAGUAAUACUGUGGUAUCUUUAUACUGACACCUUUAAGGAGUAAUACUGUGGUAUCUUUAUACUGACACCUUUAAGGAGUAAUACUGUGGUAUCUUUAUACUGACACCUUUAAGGAGUAAUACUGUGGUAUCUUUAUACUGACACCUUUAAGGAGUAAUACUGUGGUAUCUUUAUACUGACACCUUUAAGGAGUAAUACUGUGGUAUCUUUAUACUGACACCUUUAAGGAGUAAUACUGUGGUAUCUUUAUACUGACACCUUUAAGGAGUAAUACUGUGGUAUCUUUAUACUGACACCUUUAAGGAGUAAUACUGUGGUAUCUUUAUACUGACACCUUUAAGGAGUAAUACUGUGGUAUCUUUAUACUGACACCUUUAAGGAGUAAUACUGUGGUAUCUUUAUACUGACACCUUUAAGGAGUAAUACUGUGGUAUCUUUAUACUGACACCUUUAAGGAGUAAUACUGUGGUAUCUUUAUACUGACACCUUUAAGGAGUAAUACUGUGGUAUCUUUAUACUGACACCUUUAAGGAGUAAUACUGUGGUAUCUUUAUACUGACACCUUUAAGGAGUAAUACUGUGGUAUCUUUAUACUGACACCUUUAAGGAGUAAUACUGUGGUAUCUUUAUACUGACACCUUUAAGGAGUAAUACUGUGGUAUCUUUAUACUGACACCUUUAAGGAGUAAUACUGUGGUAUCUUUAUACUGACACCUUUAAGGAGUAAUACUGUGGUAUCUUUAUA